AUGCUCUUCCCUGAUUCACCUUUAGCUUCUAUCCAGUCACAAGCUGUGAUAGAAUUUGACGAAAUUAAAGCCGACAUUCCAGAAGACGCGAUCUGUGCACUUCCGAAAUCAUAUGCAGGAAGAAUUAUCAGAUUAUUCAGUAGAGAAGUCUUAAUGACCAAGUUUAAAGCAAUUAAGUAUCUUGAAGAAAUUGAAAAUGAUGACAAAGAAGGAAGCAUUUGUUUAUUUUUGCCCAAUGACGAUGAAUUCGCAAGAUACGCAAUUCCUUAUCUACAAAAACUUCCAAAUUAUAAGAUUUGGGUAUUAGUUUCUCCAAGAGAUGGACCUUUCUUUGACAAAGAAUUUCUUGAAAAGAACAAUUUCGGAGAUAGAUUAAAUAUAAUUGAAUUUCACAACGAUUUACUUUUGUUAGGAGAGUACCUUUUCCUUUCAAAUGCUCCAAGGUGCUUCAAGCGCAUCUUCAUUGAUGGAGAUAUCGAUGAUUUAACAGCAGUUGCCAGAACUCUCACGAAAAUACAGAUAAUUAACGGUUCCUUCAACGCCAUUUAUUCAUAUGGUGAUUAUUCAGCCAAAGUUAAGAACAUUCUUGAAGAGCAAAAGGCACAAAUUGGUCCAUCUUCAUUUUCCUCACAAUCUGUAUAUGAUACGCUUAUUAUACUAGACAGAACAGUCGAUAUAGCAUCCCCUUUACUUACCCAGAGGACAUUUGCCGGUGCAAUUGAUGAUCUUUUGGAUAUUGAUUGCGGAAUCAUGGCAAUUCCUGAAGAUAUGGACAUUUCUCAAUCCGAAUACAUUUUGUCAGAUGCAGACCCUGCAUUUAAAGAGACGAUGUCCCUUCAAAUCAAGGAUGUUCCGACAUAUAUCACAAGACGUAUCCAGGAAGUCAAAGAAUCGAUCCAGAACAGGAAAUCAGGCGAGAUAGACAUGGAAUUCAAACAAAAGAUUACAAAAGCCAUGGCUUUCGUUAAUAAUAUGCCGUUAUACGAAAACAUGUUCAAAGUAUGCGACUACAUUGUUAAGAAGCGAUCCACUGACCCAUAUUUCGGUCAAGUAAUUGAUUACGAUGUCCACGUGAUAAGAGGAGAGAGUACUCCUCCAUCUGUAGCUGAAGCACAUAUAGUUAGGGACCAAAAUUGGUCGGAAACAUUAAGAGAAUUCUGUUUGGCCUCACUCUGCACGAGCGGAAUCCCUUCUUCGGCCUUUGAAGCUUUCAUCAUCAGAUUGAUACAGAAAUUCGGCCUGGAAGUGAUCACCGACCUUGUAAAUCUAAGAAGCAUAGGAAUGAUGAACUCAGAAGAGAAAUAUUUUGAACAAAUCAAGAAUUUAUUCAAAAAUAUUAUUAAAUUGAAACAAAAUACAGUGUUUGAACUAUACAAAGAGAUACCAAAGGAGCUCUUAAUCGAAGACAGAAUCAAAGAUGAGUCACUUCGAAACGAAAUCAACCAAAAAUUAAAUAAUUUCAUGGCUGAGUCGUUUAAGUCCGAUAUUUACGAGUUUUUCGAUGGUUAUGCCCCAUUCUCCGCCAGAUUGGUCCAGAAAUCAAUCGACCACAGGUUAGGAAAAUACGAUAAGCAGAAACAGUUGAAAGUUGAGCAGUAUCUGCAGGAAAACCAGAUAAAGUUCGAAUACCAGAUCAAUCCAAACAAGAAACAGAACGUAGAAGACAAUAAAAAAGUUAUUGUUUUUAUUAUCGGCGGAAUUUCACUCAGCGAGGUUUCCGCGAUUUCGGAUCUGGCAAAGAAGUUCUGGGGUGGAAAACAAAUCGAGAUAACUGUUGGAAGUACUUCGAUUUUGACUGGAAAAAGACUUAUUCGAGAAUGCGUUCCAAGAGUGGCAAAAGCUGACAUAGAACAGCCAAUUGUAGUUUAA